GACGAUUCUCCUGUGCAGAGAGCAUGUUGAUUAAAAGGCACUGUGUGUGUGUGUGUGUGUAUGAUGAUCGGUGAGACGGUAUAAACUGCUCCCUCUGAGAUGCAGAGCGAGCUGCGGACUGCUGGACAGCACACAGUGGAGGAGCUGUGACGUGUUCAGAUCACCAAUGCAAAUAAGACUGACUGCCCCUCCUCCCCUACCCUCCUCAUUCACCUCCUCUCCCUCCCUCUCUCUCCCUCUCUCUCUCUCUCUCUCUGAGCGACACACACUCACACUGAUACUGUCUGUGCUUUCUAUCGCCGUGCCAGCCUUCCAGAGAGCACAGACAGGCUGAAAGAAACACUCACAGAGAGGCAGCUUAUAUAACAGCAGCUCUGGGGAAAUGCCGGAGCCUCAGCCGAGCAGAGGAGACCUUCACUGGACGGUCAGAGCCGGAGAAAACAGCGAUGAGAACGGCGUGACGCGGAUCGCACGGUGCAGAGAUGAAGCUUUUCCCUGAGGAUCAUCCUGGAUUCAGUGACCACAGCCUCGGAUAUUAAACCCUCUCCAGGGGUGACACAUCCAUUGUUCCUCUGCUGCUGUUGGACUCUGUGCUGAUGAAGAACCGAGACACAAUGUCUACAGCGCUGCCAGAUGCUGCAGGUCUUUCCCAGAUUAUGAAGUUGUAAGUAGGUUACAGAUCUCCUCCUUCCUGAUCCAUGAGAUGGCUCUCCUCCUCUGAGGUGAGAGACAGGAAGCAGGAUGGCGGCGCCCCUCUGCAGACUGCACUGUCUGCUGAAGCGAGCUCACAUGCUGCUGCUCUGCCUGGGCAUCGCCUACCUGAUGGCGGGCAGCGUCCUGCUCCUGCAACGCUCCAGCGUCAGAGUCGCACAGCAGACCCUCGCCAGCCUGCCGCCGCUGCUGUCCCUGGCAGCUCCUCCGACCGCCCUCAGGACUGUCGGUCUGGGCAUGAGAGCACGCUCCAGAUGGGCCGUUCAGCCCGUGCCUGCAGGGGGAGCCAAGGCAGGGAGACACUGGCCCUCCUCCCAGAGCCUUGGGGUCCAACACUUGCAUCGCCGCUGGUUUCACAAUCUGCUGCCAGACAGUCCAGAGCAGAGAGUCUCUCUCCGCAGGAACAGCCGACAAAAAGGAACCUACAUGGGCUGCUUCCUGCACAACGCCACCGAUCGAGCCCUGGGAGGAACGAUGCUUUAUGACCUGCGCAAAAUGACCAGCUCUCUGUGUCAGGACACCUGCUCAGAAAGUGGGUACCAGUUUGCAGGUCUGGAGUAUGGAGCUGAAUGCCACUGUGGGAACCGGAUCAGCAGCCCUCAGGCUCCCGAGGAGGAUUGUAGUCUGGUGUGUCGGGGGGAGAGGGGGUCUCCCUGUGGCGGUGUGGGCCGACUCUCGGUUUAUAAAGUGGAGGAGCAGCUGCCCGGGCACAGAAAGUUCAGAAAUGUUCACUAUCGAGGUUGCUUCAAGCUGCCGAAGAACACCCUCACCACCUUCCCCAUCUACUCGUCUCAGCCCAACCUGACCAUCCAGGCCUGCAUCGAGACCUGCACAGACAAGGAGCUCCCGCUGGCUGUGUUCAUGAAGCCCCGCUGCUUCUGUACGUGGACGUCGUCUCUGUUCAGCCUCAGCCAGCAGUCUGACAGCCAGCAGUGUGCAGGAAACACUGCUGUGAACUACACCAGCGUCUCCACACCAGCAGCCCCCACUGAGCACGACUACUACCAGGUGUACCACACACCUGUGCUGGACUCCAGGUGCAAAGAGCGGAUGUUUCUCCCUCAGCGGUCCAGCUCCCUCGUGGCUCUGUCUAGUUUUCCUGGUGCAGGGAACACCUGGGUACGGCACCUGAUCGAGCUCGUGACCGGCUACUACACUGGCAGCUUCUACUUCGAUGGCACGCUGUACAACAGAGGUUUCAAAGGAGAAAAGGAUUACUGGAAGAGCGGCCGCAGCAUCUGUGUGAAGACUCACGAGAGCGGUCAGAAGGAGAUCGAGAUGUUUGAUUCCGCCAUCCUGCUGAUACGUAACCCGUACCGCUCCCUCAUGGCCGAAUUCAACCGCAAGUGCGCCGGACAUUUAGGACACGCCACCGACUCGCAGUGGAGGAGCAAAGAGUGGCCAGAGUUUGUCUCAAGUUACGCCCCCUGGUGGGCGUCUCACGCUCUCAGCUGGUUGAAGUUCGGACGGCGCCUGCUGGUGGUUCACUACGAGGAGCUGCAGCGGGCUCUCCUCCCUCAGCUCCGCGUCAUCACAGACUUUUUGAACAUCUCCAUGACCGAGGAGAGGCUGCUGUGCGCUCAGACCAACCAGGACGGACAUUUUAAACGCUCGGGGCCCCAGAGGCCCUCGUUUGACCCCUUCACUCCAGACAUGAGGGACCUGAUCGACCCAUUCAUCCGCUCUGUCGACCAGGCGCUGCAGAGCAGGAACUUUAGCAGACUCCCACAGGAAUACUUACCCAGAUGAUGAUGAUUUGAAUGGGUCGAAGACAUUUUAAUGACUGUACCUGCAGAGAGAGGUUCUUCAUGGGGAACCUGUACACUGUCUGAUGUUGGGGGACCACCUGACUCUUUGAUAACACACUAACACACACACACACACACACUAUGAACUGUGCAGUCAUGGACACACACUGGAGGUCGCAGGAGAAGACAUAAGGUUUCAAAGUGAAUCUUCUGGUGAACAGUGUGAAGACCUCAGACAGGGUCCGCCUCUCUGAGAGCUGUAAACAUGUCAGAGGCUCAGAAAGGAUUUGACGUGAUUUGUCGGCCUGCAGUCGGAUUAUCCAGCAAAGUGCCGACUGCACAAAAUAUAAGUGUGUUAAUCCGCGCUGGACUCAAUCUGGAUGAAGAGGGGUUUUCUUACGCUCUUUUCUCUUUUCACUUUAGGACAGUUAAUGUGUUUUUAAACAUACAGUAUACCCAUGAUAAUAAAAAAGGGAAACUUCAUACUAACAACGAUGACAACCGCUGCAUCAGCUUUACCCGGAUUAAAUUGAAUUAGUGGGAAUCUGCUGGAUGCGACAGGUUUGCAAUCAUGCUGGAUUAAAGACUCAGAGCUGCCACAUGAGGCUGAAGAAGUCUCCAUGAUUAAAGUUCAUGAACUCAAAAAAUAUGAUUUCUUCCUUCUGCUCUGAAAUGUCAAAGAACAGCUGUUUCUCUGAGUGCUUUAUUUCAUUAAAUCCAUUCAGUUGUUUACACUC